AGCGAUCGUUUCCGCGAGGAGGUUUUAGGAGCUGUUGGUGCGAUAAAGCAAAAUGACGGACAGAUACACUAUCCACAGUCAGCUAGAGCAUCUCCAGUCAAAAUACAUCGGUACCGGCCAUGCAGAUACUACCAAAUGGGAAUGGCUGGUGAAUCAGCACCGUGACUCGUAUUGCUCGUACAUGGGCCACUUUGACUUGCUCAACUAUUUCGCUGUGGCCGAGAACGAGAGCAAAGCCAGGGUCCGGUUUAACCUAAUGGAGAAGAUGCUGCAGCCAUGCGGGCCACCGGUCGACAAGCCUGACGAGUCUUAAUUCAAGCGAAAGCAGACUUCCUACCAUCUUAAGCCACACAGACUUUAGACUGGGAGGCUGAAUUCGGCCAUGUUUAUUUUGUAUUGGAUCGCGUUCCUUAGAUUUGGGGAAGAAAUUAACCUCAACGUGAAUGUGCAAACUACAGUUUCUGUUCCGAAUACUGAGCCACUGUGCUCGAGUGAAAAAAAAAAAACUGUUACGUGAACUUGAACUCAUUUUUCUCACGUUUAUUGCGGGAAUAUAAAGUUCAUACAGCUUAAAGCAUCACUAAAAUACUUUGCGUAUCAGUAGAUCAGUUCGUUGUACUUGAGUCUUUUUAUAUUUUAUGGAAUAUUGGCACAAUAAAUUUCCCUUUUUGAUGCUAAA